AUGUUACCUAUUCGUCAAUUAAGUGCACUGUUAUCGAGAAUAUUUUUUGUCUUGAUUCUUCUUUCCACAUCUUUCUUGAUUAUAAAAGGUUUUACAAAAUAUUUUCAUAAAAAGUCUGCUAGUUAUCAGUUUCGACCAGCUGAAAAUAAUUUAUUAAAACAAUUUGACGUUGAUCAUGAACAUAACAAUAAUGUAAAAUCUCACGAUGCCAUACGUGAAGAAUUGCAUACUGUAUAUUCUGAACCAAUUCAGCAUGUUUCAACAUUUGAAAGACGUCUUUUACUUCAGACAAAUAGUUCAUCGCCAUUUGAACCUACUAAUAUAGCUAAUAAACUGAUAUCAGUUUAUGUUCACUUUGAUUUAAAAGGUGCAGCACCUAAAAUAUCUUAUUUUGAACAACUAUUCCCAUUAUUACACAGAUUGGGUGCAAAUGGAAUAUGCAUGGAAUAUGAAGAUAUGUUUCCGUUCGACGGUAUCGUCAAUAAUAUCAAACAUAAACAAGCUUAUACCAAGAAUGAUAUUGAAAAAAUCAAUCAAUUAGCAAAAGAUAAUCAUUUGGAUAUUAUGCCUCUAUUACAAACUUAUGGUCAUUUGGAAUUUCUAUUAAAAUUGAAAGAAUUCAGUGAUUUACGUGAAAAUCCAAAAUAUCCUCAAGUAAUAACUCCUUGUAUAAAUAGAACAUAUUCCAUAUUAUUUGCUAUGAUCGAUCAAUAUUUAAACUUACAUCCACAUAUGCGUUUAUUUCACAUUGGUCACGAUGAAGUUUAUUAUUUUUUAACAAAUCCAGCAUGUGAAGAAUUUCAACGUUUAACUGGUGUUAGUACUCAACAUGAAUUAUUUGCAUAUCAUCUUAGUAUAAUUGCUAAUUAUAUCCGAGAAAAAAAUCCUAAUCUAUCAUUAUUUGUUUGGCAUGAUGUUUUACAAAAUUUAAACAUUAACAUCUUAAAAAAAUAUCAGCUAAUGAAUGUAAUCAAUCCUAUUGUAUGGUCAUAUAGAGAAGAUAUAAGUGUUGAAGGGUUCAUUGUUGGUUCACAAGCAAAUCUCUUUGGACAAUUCAAGAGUUUAUGGGGAGCUUCAGCAUUUAAAGGCGCAACUGAUGAAAUUGCAACUAUCAGUGAUGUUAAACAUUAUUAUGAAAAUCAAGUGUCGUGGAUUCAACAAUUGAAUUCAUAUAUACCAACAAAGUGGAAAAACUUCGAUGGAGUUAUGCUAACUGGUUGGUCACGAUAUGAUCAUUUUCUGUCAUUAUGUGAACUACUACCAUAUUCGAUUCCAGCAAUGGCUUUUUCAUUAGCUGCUUGGAAAGAACCCUUUAAAAGUCUUCCGAGAGCCAGUCUUUAUUCAAAUAGCCAAUUAAAAGAAUAUAUUGGCAAACAACUCCAAUGUUCAUCAAGUAUUCAUUUAAAUAUUCAAGAACAUGCAAAUAAAUUGAUUCCAAAAUGUAAAUUUCCAGGUGCUGCUAUUUACGAAUCAAUGAUUUUUCUUGUUCAGCUUUGGAUUAAAGUUGAAGAAGUUGAAUCUUUUGUAAAUAGAUUUGUUACCGAUCUUCAUGUCAAAUAUAAUUAUAUUCAUCUUAAACGUGGUGAAGAGUGUUUAGAUAAAUUAACACCAAUUAUGAAUUUAUUAAAAAAAUUUAUUAAAUCGUUUCAAAAAUCAAUGGAUGAAGUAUUUUCAGUACAAGUUGCUAUUGAAUGGUUAGAAACUUAUUUCAUGAAGCGUUAUCGUUUAAUUAAUCAAAAGUAUGAGUUUAUUCGACGUGCAGUGCAAGAGCAAAGAUCAUGGUUGCCUAGACCGAUACCAGAUACUGAUAAAAUUCAUAUUAUCGAGAAAAAUAAAAGAUAG